AUGUCCGACGACGAGGCUGCCGCCCUGUCCGUCACCGACUGGCCCAUCCAGGAUGCCCCCUCUCCUACCGAAAGCAUCAAAUCUGACAUCGAGAUUGAUGACCGCCCAGCCGCUGGCGAUGCCCCGUCACAGCCCAUACAAAAGCGACGUCGAGUGACGCGCGCCUGCGAUGAGUGUCGUCGCAAGAAGAUCAAGUGUGACGGCAAGCAGCCCUGUACACAUUGUUCCGUCUACAGCUAUGACUGCACAUAUGAUAAGCCUUCUAAUCGAAGGCGUAAUCCCGCGCCCCAGUACAUCGAGGCUCUAGAGGGUCGCUUACAUCGCGCCGAGACUCUGUUGCGAAAAUUCAUGCCCGACAUCGACCUGGCUGAUCCCAACAUGGACCCCAGUGUCCAAGCCGAAUUUCAAAAUCGCGAACAGUCUCGAAUACAGGCCGCCAGCAAGUUGCAGGGCAACACCUCGAUGCUGCAUCCCUCCACACCCGAUCCUCAGCUAGUGUCCAUGGUCGACUCUCUCGGUCAGCUUGACAUCGAUGAUCGCGGCGAUUGGGACUUCCACGGCAAUUCGUCUGGUGUUGUCUUCCUUAAGAAAAUGAAGGAACACUUCCGCGGCCUGCUUGGUCCUACUGCAUCCAGUCCGUUCCUCCCGCGCCCCGACCAACUCUCCGCACUCCUCAAUCCCGACUCCGCGCCGUUGCACGCCAAUUCGCCUCUCUCUACCAUGUCGACAUAUCCCGAAUUACCGCCAAAGGACGUUGCUCGACGCCUUUGCUUCUACUCGCUUACCUGCGCCACCUGCCUUACUCGCAUCGUUCAUGUUCCGACAUUUAACAGCCAGUUCGAGCGAAUAUAUGAAAUUCCACUCGAAAAUCUCGGAUCUGAGGACACUCAAUUUCUCGGUCUAUUAUUCGCCAUUCUCGCUUUGGGCUGCAUGUAUCACAGCUUUGAUGCCUCAGCUGCCCAAGGCACUGGCUACCGAGCUGCCAUGGAGGAGGGAACAAAAUACUUCAAGACGGCUCGAGCCCUUAUCAAGGAUAUUGGUGAUUGCCGCACCCUCACCUCGAUACAAGCGCUCCUCUUCAUGACACUCUUCCUCCAAUCUACGUCUAACCUCAGCUCAUGCUACACAAUCCUUGGCAUCGCCAUGAGAUCAUGCCUUCGCAUGGGCAUGCAUCGCCACUUACAACAUGCGCGAUUAAACCCGAUAGAGGAGCAAUUACGCAAACGAAUAUUCUACGUUGUGCGACAAAUGGACACAUAUGUUUCAACAAUGCUGGGCCUUCCUUUACUGCUGAGCAGCGAUGAUAUUGACCAGCCCUUUCCAAUGGAAGUCGAUGAUGACUACGUUACCAACCAGGGCGUCAUGCGUCCGCCGCCCGGAUCCUCCUCGUUCUUUGAGGCCUUCAAUGCGCAUACCAGGCUGAUGGAUGUGUUGGCUAAGAUCUCCAAGCUCAUCUAUCCAACCAAAUUGCCGGGAAGUGUCAAAAUUGAGCUGGGAGGAGCAGGCAACCCUGUCAGUUAUGCUCGCAUUAAGGAAAUUGAGGGUGAAUUGCAACGAUGGUUCGAACGACUUCCUGAGGCCUGGCGACCAAGCCCUGAGGGUCCCAUCGAAGUUGUUAGAGUUCGGCAUCUCCUUCGUUUCUCCUACGCUCACGUACAGCUCCUUCUAUAUCGCCCUUUUCUACACUACAUGUCGCCACGGCUCUGUCAAGGCAUUAAAGUCGAUGACCUCUCCUAUGCUUGCGCUGCUGCCGCCAUUAGCGUCUCGCGCAAUGUCAUCCACAUCGGCCAAGAGAUUCGGAAACAGCGCGUUCUGAGUGGACCCUAUUGGUUCAUGCUAUACACCGAGUAUUUCGCCGUUUUGUCUCUCAUCUUCUUCAUCCUGGAGAAUCCUGGAAAGCCGGGCAGUGCCGAAGUUCUUGCAGACGCCCGCACUGGGCGACAGAUGAUAGCUGAUCUGGCAGAGAAGAGCUUGGCUGCAGAUAUGCUGACGACGUCAUUAAAUGCCCUCUUUGAGCAGCUUCCCGAAGCCCUGGAACAAGCUCGUGGCCGGGCAAUUGCUUCAGCAAAGCGAUCCAUAAGCAAACCCAACGGCAUGGUUGCGGGGCAUCCCGGAGUCAACCACAUCAUGUCGCCACAACGAUCCGAGGAUUUAUUGCGAACUCAUAGCGGUCACAUGUCGACUGGCGGCUUCUCCAUGGAUACCAUGGCACCAUCCGAGCAAAGCUUCCACGAUAAUGGCUUUGGUGGCGGUAUGCACGAUAUGCUAUCGCUUGACAUGUCUUCCCGAGCCACCCCUGACUCUGAGAGCACAGCAGCCAGUUCCAGCCGCAUGGCAUUCAUGCCACACUCUGUUGCCACGCAGAAUGCGCUCAACCCAGUUAACAAACUUGAUGCGCUCAUGUUCCCAUCUGACGACCCUUUUGCCUAUCCGAACCAACCGAUGAUGGAGCUGGGCUUCCAGCCUUCCAAGGACGGCGCAGCUGUGACCAUGGCCCAAGAUCCCAACUUCUUCUUCCCUGCAACGCUGGAGGAGAUGGGCAACUCUUUUAUCAACCAGCCACCGCCAUACAUGACGCCACAAAAUGGUCGUCAAGGCAUGGGAGGCAUGAACAUGAGCCAAAUGUACGACAACAACGGUAUGAUUGCGAUGCAACAUCCGGGAGCGGCGCAAGCUCUGGCACAGGCACAGGCGAGGCAACACCAAGCCAGGGCGCAGGCGCAAGCGCAGGCGCAGGCUCGACAGCAGCAGGCAGCUCAGCGCGCUCAGCAGCAACAGCAAGAGCAGCAACAGCAGCAGCAGCAGCAGCAACAACAGCAGCAGCAGCAACAGCAGCAACAGCAACAGCAACAGCAGCAAAGAUCUCGCGGCUUUGGGUUCUUCCAUAGACGUACGCGACAGCCUCAAGAGCAACAGCAAGCGCAGCAAAUCGACCAAAUGUUUACAGAGCACGGCAUGCAACCGGAUUUUGGCAGCUUUUUCGGGUCUGGCAGAGGCGGCUUUCAGGGAAUGUAA